AUGGCGCUGCCAAUUUGCCGGAAAUGGCUUCCACCGGAUGACGAUGCUGGGGCUCACGUGUGCCGCGAGUGCCACGCCGGCUUGGAGGCUGCAAAACUGCCCACAGCCUACUCCGUCAACAAUAUGGACAUCGGAUGUGAGCAUCGGUACCCUGAAGUGCUUGAUGACCUCUCUCCCGUUGAAGAGAGGCUGAUUGCUCUACAGGCCCCCUUCGGCUACAUCACAAAGUUCACCGUUGACAAGAAAACCCCGUCGGGACUCAGUUACCGGAAGCAUGUGAAGGGCCAUAUUGUCGUGUCUCCGAACAAGGUGGAGGAUCUUGUUGACACAGUUCUCCCCCACCAUCUUCUGGAGACUUUCGAGGACAUCACAUCCACGUCUCUUGGAGCGGCUCGAGCAAACCUGACCCUGCGGACGUUGGGCACCUUCUUCAAAGUGCGGAAAUCUCGUAUAAGGAUGCAGGCUGAAUACAAAAGAUGGCUUUCAACCUUUUCCAAGCUACUGCAUAUCGGAUCCCAGCUGCAGGUCUCACCUGCAUACCCCUCUCAAGAAGGUAGUAAUAAGUCGACGGAGUUUGCCGAGCAGUCCAGGGAUACGAAUAGUUACAUUAUUUCGUAUUGCAAGCCACAAUGA